GCAGAAGAUAUAGAUAUAUUUUUCAGCAUUUCUACACGUGCAUUCGAGACAACACAGUGACUCGUACGUGGCUGAGAGCCAGGCAAAGUACAGUCACAACAAAUGAGCUGGCGGAUUGUACACGUGUACAGAAGCCAUAAGGAAUAAAGAAGAAGAAGAUUAUCUGGCCAUUAAAUAAAACCAAUACUUGAAUUAGUUAUUAGCUGUCAUUUUGGCCACCACAGUUACCUUUUUCAAAAUACAAACAUUUUGCGUAUAUAUUUGUAGUUUGAAAAAGAACAUUUUGGUGGCCCAAGGCUCAGUAAAAGUUAUUCAAACAUUUGUAGUUUCAUUUAGAUGUUUAUGGACUCCCAGGAACACUUCAUGAUGUGGAAAACCUGGGAAUAUUUAUUGUUUUGCAAAAAAUAGUUGCAUUCACAAACUCAUUUUACAAGUGCCAAAAGCUGUCUGAAAAAGUUUUGAUAGUAAUAGAACCUCAUUCUCAAGAUUUGGCCUACAAAUGUUGGUUGAUAGUUUUCCUAUGAUACUCCUUCAUCCACUGUAAUCCAAAAUCUUAUAAGUUGACCAUCCAAAAUUGGAUGCAAAAUUCAAAGGAUAAUGGAUGUGUAGAGGAUAUUUAGAAAUUCGUAGUGUGGAUCUUGCAAUUUAAAUCCAUCCUGGAAGAUUGCAAAUUUUCAUCCUUCAACAUUUCUAGGUGUAGUGGGAACCUAUUCUAACAAUAUACUGACAAAUAUACUCAUAUAAUUAGUGCUGAUCAAAUUUUUGUUAUGCAGUCUUAUUUUUGUUCAAGGUACUUUGAGGGUGAAAAUAAACCAAGAAUCAAACACACCAAAAUGGGUUUGAUUUCUUUUGUGGGCAAUGAAGAAAGAAUGGUUGGAUCACAAGUUUUCGUCACUUUAGGAGAAGAUUUAACAUAUCUGGAUGCAAAGCACUGUGUCUUUGGAGAGGUUGUUGAGGGAUUGGAUGUAUUAGAUAUAAUUAAUGAAGUAAUUUGUGAUACAGAUGAUAGGCCAUACCAGGAUGUAAGGAUUACACAUACUGUGGUACUAGAUGAUCCAUACCCUGAUCCAAAGCAUUUACAGGUGCCCUCAAGGUCCCCAUCACCAAGUGCCGAGAGGCUGCAAGGGGGUCGAAUAGCUCCCGAUGAGGAGAUCAAUGAAGCUGAAGGAAAAACGACCCAGGAAAUAGCAGAAAUCAGGGCAGACCGCGAAGCUAAGGCUCGAGCUACUAUCCUGGAAAUGAUUGGUGACAUUCCAGAUGCUGAUAUUGCACCUCCAGAAAAUAUACUCUUCGUUUGUAAAUUGAAUCCAGUCACUACGGACGAGGAUCUGGAAAUCAUCUUCAACCGCUUCGGAAAAAUCAAGUCUUGCGAAGUGAUCAGGGAUAGAAAAACCGGGGAUUCUUUGCAAUAUGCUUUCAUCGAAUUUGAAGAGAAAAAGUCUUGCGAGGAUGCCUACUUUAAAAUGGAUAACAUUCUCAUUGAUGACAGGAGAAUUCAUGUGGAUUUUAGUCAAAGUGUUUCCAAGGUCAAGUGGCUUGGCAAAGGACGCGUUGCUCAUUUUGAUGAUAAGGGACGGAGAGUCAAUGAUGGAGACGUGAGUAUUGGUAAAGGCAACUACAAAGUCAAAGGUGGACGGAACGGUCAGUAUAAAAAUGAUGCAAGAAUGGAAACUGUACGGAAGGAAAAGUCCAGGUCUCCCCAAGAAAGGAAAAGGAAUAAAUCUCCUGCCAAUAAAGAUAGACGUCGUUCAAGAUCACCUAGAGAUAGCAAAAAAGAAUAUAGGAGUAUUAGAUCUCCUAGAAGUAACCAUAGAAAUUCUCCCAAGAGUUAUGAAAAUUAUAGAGGUCGAGAAAGGUAUAUCGAUAAAUAUGGCAGAAGUAAAACCUCUGAAAGGGAUUUUGAAAGAAAUAGGAGGUUUGAGUAUAGAGAUGAAAGGCAUUCAAGGUCAAGGUCAUCCAGUCAUAGGAGCAGAAAUGUUUCACCUCGAAGAGGAAGGUAUAAGGAAAACGAAAGUAUUCAGAAGAAAGCUAGAAGUAGAUCAACAGAACGUGUUAGGCAUAACAAGAAGGACAGCAGUAAAAGUAAGAAUUCCAGACCAGUUGAAAGAGGCAGCAGUAAAAUUAAACGACAAAUAUCGCCCGAAAUCGAAAACAAGUCUAAGAAAUCAAUAGAAAACAAAAAGUCUAGUUGCUCGUCGGUUUCUGAGUCUGAGGAAGAGCUUCAGAGGAAGAGAAAAAAUGAGCAGAUAGAUAGUGACAGUGAUAACUAUGUGGCAUCCAAAAAGAAUCACAAGAAAAAUAGGAAGAAGAAAUCUAUUUGCUCAGAUUCUUCAGAAGCUGAAGAAGAGGUAACUAAGAAGAAAAAGAGGAAUAGGCUGAAGAGUGACAGUGAUGAUAGUAUCCCAGUCAAUAAGAAGAAGCAUAAGAAGAAAAUGGAGAGCAAAAAGAAAGCUUCUAGUCGUUCAGAGUCGCAAUCAUCUGUGGACGAGGGAGUGAAAAGAAAUAAGAAAAAGGGUACGCAGCAUAAUAACAGUGAUGACAAGAUCUCAUCCAAUAAAAAACACAAGAAACCCACCAGGAAAAGCAAGAAGAAUACCUCUACUAGCUCAGAUUCAGAAACGUCAUCCUAAGAUGAGAAAGUAAAAAAUAAAAAAAUAAGAUGCGACAGUGCAGAUGAACAGAUUAGAAAAAAACACGGUGAAAAAGAGAAACUGCAUCAGUGUCUAGCCCAGUAAGCUAGAAAAACUUAUUAGUGCAUCUGUAAAUUCGAAAGUUUUUAAAUAUAUGAUUGAAGUACAAUUGUUCUUUUUUUACAUCUAAGGGGAGGGAUACGGCAAAAGAGGACGCCACUUGGUCUCCAGUUUGAAAACAUAUGUAACAUCCACAGAGGGCAAUCGAUUGUACAGUGUAGCCUAUAUGUAACUGACUGGUUUGUAUCUUGAAUAUUUGUGAAAUGAAAUAAAC